AUGAUCGGAGAGGGUCACGACGAGGCCGCUCGCCUCUAUGUGCCGCCACUGCUCGACGAUGAUGAGCGGCUCAUAAACCCCGACGCUUCCGAGGAUUGCCCGCCGCCCGAUGUCGAAACAGGCAGCGCUCUACCCAUCUGGCUGCAAGAGUCGUCUAAAUCCUUUCGCUGGGGAUGGGUGCCUUUGCCUCUCAGAAAGGCUGGCCGUGCGACUGCGAAUUGGAUCAAGGGCCCCGAUCCGCCACAUAUGCUCUUGCUGAAGCCGCUGUUUCCGCGCCUCCAGGAACUGCCGGUCCAGUACCUAGACCAUUUUUUCCCAAAACGAAAGCAGAAAAUCGCACUUUUGAUGCUGCUUUAUGCGACCUGGUUCUUGCCGUGGUUCCUUGUUCUUCUGCACUCGCGCUCCUCGGGAUACAUCGAAGGUUAUGGCCAGCUUCAGACAAUCUCAUGCUCAACCAAUUUCUGGGCAUUCGAUAACGGAUGUGGUAUCAACGGGAACGACUGCCGCCCAUUUUCCUCCUCGACCAUGGCCUUCCGAUGCCCCGCAAACUGCCGUGACACCAAGUUGCUAGAACCUCAUGUCGUGGGCAACCAAACCUUCAACUACCAAGGUCUCGUGAUCGGCGGCCCGCAAGUAGAGUAUUCCGAACCAGCGAUCUACCGUGCCGAUAGUUUUGUCUGCCAAGCCGCUAUUCACUCGGGGGCCAUCACGAACGAUGGUGGCUGUGGCGUCGUAAAGCUGGAAGGUGCAGCACACUCUUUUCCGUCCGUGAAGCAAUUUGGAAUUUUGUCGCAGGCCUUCCCAUCGACAUUUCCCAAGGCUUUCAGCUUCCUCCAGCUAUCCUCGUCGCAAGCAAAUUGUCCAUCUGACCCGCGCUGGCCGCUUCUCUGGGUGACUGCUGCAGCUGUGGGGGUCCUUUGGCUCUACUGCACAUCGCCGCCUGUGCUUUUCUUCAGUACAUUUUUCAUGGUAUUCUGCCAUACAGGAUUGGUUGCCGAUCCGCCAUCGUAUCCAUACCUUUCCGACCUGGUGUCUACACUCCUCUCACGGCUGUUGCCCGCCUCAUUUGUGGUAUACGUUCUAUUCAAGUUCUGUGCAGCUCCACUUCUCCAACCGAUUACGUCGCCCAUCUAUCAGCUAGAGAAACUGUUUUUGUUCCUCCCCCCGCUUUUCAUCGGAGCCUUGAACAAUUACACUUUCGCACGAUUGAUUCCCCUUCAGCGAUUGACACCAAUGGAUAUUCAGCAGCAACCUGGAGCGAAAGUCGCACUUGCAUUUGUCAUUCCCACUGUGCUUACCAUCGUUCUCAGCCAGGCAUGGCAGAUCCGGCAGGGUGGUCUGCUUCCACGCUACCUCAAGAUCUACUGCAGUAUGGGUCUGAUCAUCUUGAUUCUGGCCCCCUUACCUGGUCUGCGACUCCGAAUCCAUCAUUAUAUUCUUGCCAUUCUGCUUAUGCCAGGAACCGCCUUUCCCACGCGCCCCUCUUUGGCCUACCAAGGUUUACUCCUUGGUCUUUUCAUCAACGGCGUUGCCCGUUGGGGAUUUGCCUCUAUUAUCGAGACCCCUGCUGCUUUAGGAGAACUGGCUCCAGGACGUAGUGGAUCUCAGGGCUGGUGGGGUUCCACAUACCCCAAUGUCACUGCAUCGUCCGUUCAAAUAUCUUUGCUUGAACCCGGGCCCAAUCUCACCCACCGCGGUAACGGCAACAUCACCUUCGCUCUAUGGGAACAUGAGCGAAUGUCCAAGCUUGCCGUGGACGGAAUAUCAGUCUUGCUCAACGACGUGGAACGCUGGCGUGGAUACCUCGAUGAAGACCAAGCAGGUGAAUUUACCUGGCACCGCCAUGGCCAUGACGGCUUGGAACUGAUCAAGAUGCCAAUUCUUGAAUCGCGUGAUCUGGGCAGCCGUGACUUCGAGCCACAGUCUGUCUUGCUGGACAACACCGAAUCGGAUGAUGACCAAGAUGAUGAGCCUGAGGACUUGUUCUUCCGGUUUGCCUUUUUGCGCGGUGCCGAGGCUGGCAUGUACGGACCUACUGGUGUUUGGAGCAGAGAUGGGGUGUGGUUUCCACCAGCAUCUCCCAAGAACUAG